GUCGCCGGUGGCUUUUCGCUGCUACACAGUCGCCCCGCACUUUGCCGUUCCCAGCCCUAGCGGAUCAGGGUCCGUCAUAACUUUUGAUCUUCUUCGCGCUCAACUUCACGCGUCCAACUUCUUUUUUGCCUACUGCCGCCCACCAUGCUGCUCUUUUGCCCAACAUGCAGCAAUAUGCUUCGCGUCUCCAAAGUACCUCCCGGCGAUCCCACCACCGAAGAUGCUGUCGGCCAAAACCGUUUCGAAUGUCUCACCUGUCCCUACCACUUCGUAAUCAACAAACGCUAUUACGAGCGGAAAUACCUAAAGAAGAAGGAAGUCGAAGACAUCUUGGGUGGAAAGGGCGCUUGGGAUAACGUGGACAAGACAGAAGUACAAUGUCCGAACGAGAAAUGCCGGAACCACGAAGCAUACUGGUACCAGCUGCAGAUUCGAAGUGCCGACGAGCCUAUGACUGCUUUCUACAAGUGCACCCAAUGCGCGAAAGAGUGGCGAGAAUGAUCUGCGAGUCCUGUUCAAAUAUCCAAGGAGUUGGGAAGCGGAGUUUUUGCUUUAUAUACCCCGGUUGCAUGUGGUGAAUGAAAUUCAUUUUCUCUUUUGACUUGCAGGUGCCCAAUCGCUGUGAAAGGCUCAGGAUGAUGCAGAUUUGCGGCAUCGAAUCGGGUUCAUCGUACCUGUAAUUGUAACCUCAUGACAAUGUCGAUGCAACUUCAUUGAUGACCUGCGCGAACCAAGACUAAACUCCAGUCCGAGUCAGAGGGUGCCCUCUUCCUUGUCGAUGCAUCGCUAGCUUACCCUUGGGAUUGAGUGGCGUCUUGAACGCGACAUUAUGCCCAAAUGCUUUCUCGAGGACGGCAAAGGAGACGGC